AUGGACUCGCUCAUGAACGCCCUAUCGGCGCGGACAGCUGCCGCCGAACACCUGUCCCUUCUCGUCCCCAUUCCGGCCUUGGCCACCCUCAUCGCCGUGUACUGUACCUUUGCACCAAGAUGGCCGGACGCUCGUUCGCGUGCAUACAUCCUCUCGACGCUGUCCAGCGCCAUUUUGACCCUAUCGUCACUACCAUUCCUGUACGCCUAUUGCAAUGGCGGCGUGCCCGCAAUCUUUCAGGCUGGACAGGAAGGAUGGACCCAUACGCUCGCCACCGUUAUUGUCGCUGCGUUCGGGACAUACCUCUUUGCUGAUCUCGCUAUCGGCUACGUUGCCUACCGCAAUGAGGUCGGUUUCAUCACCGGCUGGGUUCACCACAUAUCCUACAUGGGCAUCAUGCUUCACCUUGCGACGUCAAAGCAGUCGUGUGUCUUUCUCACUGGUGCCAUCAUGGAGCUACCAACUUUUGACCUGGCCAUCUCGCACCUGUGGCCCCAAGUGCGAAGCGACGAGCGUUUCCUCGGCCUGAUGGUGCUCACCCGCAUCCUGUUCAACCUGGUACUUGUGAUUGACUGUGCCCGCCCUGCUUCUCGCGCAGUCCUGGAGAAUUCAUGGGUUCCCACAUCCAUCCUCAGCUUGGCCCUUAUACUCCACUCUACAUGGAUGCACGGUGGCAUCAAGGGAUACCUCAAGCGCCGCAAGAACGCUGCCAAAGCCGCCGAGAAGGAGCGUCUGGUGGCCAAGCUGGCACCCCUCGAGGUGCCUACUCCCGAGUUUGGCGGUGUCACUCCCGAAGACUCGCCACUCGUCACCCCGUACACGCCCUCGCAGCCGUCAGUCAUGAUUCCCGCCCACCUCUUCCCCACCAUCACCAUCCCUACCAUGGCCAACCUCCCGAUCCCGGCCAUUCCGACCUUGUCUGGAAUGGCUGCCGCUUUGCCACAAGCCAAAGUCAAUCUCGAACAGAUCCAGUUUGGCUUUAAGGAGGCUGUCCGGGAGCGUCUGGAGCGCUGGGAGGAGCAGCGCGAGCGGUUCGCUGCCGCCGGUGUUGCCCGUCUGCGCCGCCGUGCCGGCUAUGCCGAUGAGGAUGCGAUCGUGGACGUUCUGGAUGGCCAGUAG